CGCGCCGGAAGGCGGGAGGGGCCGGUGCGGAAGCGGAGGGGCCGCCAUGGAGCUGAGCGAGAUGCUGUACAACAAGUCCGAGUACAUCGAGACGGCCUCCGGCAACAAGGUGAGCCGGCAGUCCGUGCUGUGCGGCAGCCAGAACAUCGUGCUCAACGGCAAGACCAUCGUGAUGAACGACUGCAUCAUCCGCGGGGACCUGGCCAACGUGCGGGUGGGCCGGCACUGCGUGGUGAAGAGCCGCAGCGUCAUCCGGCCCCCCUUCAAGAAGUUCAGCAAAGGGGUGGCAUUUUUCCCUCUGCACAUCGGGGAUCACGUCUUCAUAGAGGAGGACUGUGUUGUCAACGCGGCCCAGAUCGGCUCCUACGUCCACAUCGGCAAGAACUGCGUCAUCGGCCGUAGGUGUGUUUUGAAAGACUGCUGCAAGAUCCUGGACAACACGGUGCUGCCCCCCGAGACCGUCGUGCCGCCCUUCACCGUCUUCUCGGGCUGCCCAGGACUCUUCUCUGGGGAACUCCCGGAAUGCACCCAGGAGCUCAUGAUUGAUGUUACAAAGAGCUAUUACCAGAAGUUCUUGCCACUCACUCAGGUCUAGUAGCCCCUUUGCUGCAUUUCAGAGCAGUGCAGGCAGGCAGGAGUGUUGCGGGGCUGGGAGAGGGGUGUUGGUCCACAAGAGCAGGGCACGGGCCCCCACCAUUCCCAGCACUCCUGAGGCUGUUCUCCACACCAGUGGCCUGGCCGAGCCGUCCCUCGGGAAUGCUGCUGUGUGGUGUUGGCUACACUUUGUGCACUCAUUUGCAUGUCAUUCAUUCCAUGCUGUCUGAAUCUUGUCAUUCCAUGUUCUGAGCAGGAAAGCCUUUCCCUCUGGGGCUCCCCUGGCUGCAGCCAGAGCCUGGCACAGCAGUUCUGUUCCAGCCCAAAGCCAGCGGGUGUCCAGGUGCUGGAGGCAGUCUCCAUCCUAGAGCAGAAGUGCUGAGGGGUGUGUCACAGGCAGUUACCCAGCAGGGUUCCUCAGAACCACUGCUUUCCUCCCAGAAGAAAUUUGCUGCUCUGUGGGCCUGUGUGCUGAGGUGUGUGGCCUCUUCUGCCUGUGGACUGAGAUUCUCUCCAGUGGGGAUAGGAUAUCCUUCAUCAUCCCAGGAUGGUUCUUUAGGACUUGUGGCUGACAGUGAAGCCUGCCUGUGCUGACAGGGCUUUUCUUAGCUCUGAGCUCUCCAAGUAGAGCUCAGUGCUGUGAUCAGUCCCAUGCUACCCCCACCAGCAGGGUUAGGGUGCUCAUGGCUGAGGUGUGUUCCGCUGCCUGAACACCACAGACCUUAAAGUGCUAAAGGGUUUUGGACAGAGGAUCACUGAGUCACUCAGAAUUCAGUGCAGGAGGAAGUGGGGAAUUAAAAGCAGGGAUAGGAGGUGGAUGAGAGAAUGCUGCAAGUGUCCCCACUUGUUACUCCGUGUGUAUAUUUACAGAAAGCUCUUUGGUGCUUUUCUGUUUAUAAAACUUAAAAGGAGAUUCAGACUUCUUGGAAAGAGUGAACAUUUCAUUUUGGACAUGAAUAGAGCAGGAACAGUUCCUGCUGGGAGCAGCUCUGUGAAAGGUGGAGCCAGCUGACCCUCUGUGUCUCUGCCUCAGCACCAGACCAUGGCCCAAAGCGAAACUGCCCACUCUGGGUGUGUUACAUUAGAGCUCAGCAUCAUCCUGCUCUCACCUGGGGUCCUGCCUGUCAUGGUGCAGCAGCUGGGGCCAGGACACAGGUUAGUUCUGCAGUAGGUGUGUGGCUGUGAGCCCACAGCCCCGGGCCUGAGCUGCCCUGUGCAGUGCAAAGUGCUGAUCCAGCCCGAGCAGCAGCAGCCGAGCAAGUCCCGGCUGUGCAGCGACUGUUCAUCAGUGUGGAACCCCUGACUGCUGUGCUUGUGUUUUUACUGUACAUAAAUUAAAGCCUCUUCAGCUGUUCAA